AUCGAAAACAAGACAAAAAACAAGACAAAACAAUGUCGCUGGUAACGGAAGAAAUCAAAUCGGAAUCAGAAGUAUACUAUGGAGACGAAAUCUGUCAAGUAAAAUCCAAAGAGCUUCUGGAAGAUAUGUGUCUUCCCAAAGGUCUGUUACCUUUGAAAGAUAUCAUUGAAGUUGGUCAUCACAAAGAAACAGGUUUGGUUUGGCUGAAACAGAAGAAUAGCAUAACACACAAAUUUGAAAAGAUUGGAAAACUUGUUUCUUAUGGUACUGAAGUCACUUCUUAUGUUGAAAAAGGUAAGAUUAAGAAACUGAGUGGUGUUAAAUCUAAAGAGCUUUUUAUUUGGGUUACACUAAGUGAUAUUUACGUUGAUGAUCCACCAACUGGGAAAAUCACGUUUCAAACUCCUGCUGGACUUUCUAGAACUUUCCCUGUUACUGCUUUUGAACUUGAGGAGAAAUCAAGUGGUGUGAAAGAGGUUUAGGUUUCUAUGUGAUUGACUUGUGUUGAAAUUUCAGUUAAUAAGUUUACUUUAUCAAGAAAUUUAGGGCAGUUUCGAAGAUUAGAAGUGCUUUUGAA